AUGAGGACAAAUGCAAUGGCGACAAACCUGAGCUCAUCAUUCAAUCCAUGGUCUGCAGAUGGCUCUGUGGCUGGGAUGCAGCUAGGAGACCCUGAGAGUGGACUGGUUAUAGCUAGGAGACAUGGUCUGGUCUCAAAUAAUGAGGAUACUGAGAUAGGCAGUAGUGCUAGAAACAGUAGCUCAAUAAAAAUGAUGGACACUUUACAGGAUAUUUCAGCUAUUUCCUCUGAAAUACAUAAGAUUGAAAUUGAACUCAACAAGCGAUUUACGGACAAGGAAAUGGCUGACUUAGUGCAUUUGGGUGUGCUGAAGACGCGGCUAUCUAAGAUGAGUUUGCUGCUAGAGCAUUUCACUUCUGUGGUCACCAACAAGGAAGCCAUAGUGAGCAGACUACAAAGCCAAGCUGCCGACAACUCACUUGUCAUUGAAACAUCUUAUCAAAGACAUACAGCAGAAGUUUUGACAUCAUUGGGAGUAUUUGUGAGCCACUUUUCUGGAAAUUGUGACAAAGCAAAGUGGGCCUGUUUACUUGACAUGGAAACAACUUCACUGAGCAAAAAGGUAUCAGAGACAGCUCAAAGUAUUGUUGAAUGCACAUCAGACUUGCAAACUUCUCAACAAUUACACGAAACCCUAGAAGGAAACUGAAAUGUUAUGAACCACUUCAUGAUUAUUUAUUUUACUGUACCGUAUUCUUCAAGUCCUUUUAAUUGUUGCAAUAAGUGGUUCAUACUCA